UCUCUAAAAUCUAUGCUGAGGUCAGUUUGGCCCCUACAUUUGAAGAGAUUGAUAUAGCACUAAACAUUGAAACAAAAAGAAGCUGGGUGUAUACUUAGGAUUUGCAAUGGUCUUUACAAGAAGAAGAAAAAAAAUGAAAAAAAUCCUGAAAAAAAAACUGUGUUAGGCUGUGCCGGUGGAGUACGAUAGAAGAAUGCAAUGCUCCUGCCUUUCCUGGUCCUCAAAUCCGAAACUCGCCCCUUCCUUUCCUAAAUCGAAGCUAUCAUCAAUUAACAUAGCAGAAGCCAUCGAUUUUACUGGAAGAAUUCCUCUGCCUUCUCAUGUUAAAGCCAUCACCAGCAUCUCCAACCCCUUCGUUAAGCACUGCGUCAAACUUCGUUUCAGUUCCUCUUAUCGCCAUUUCCAUGGCUCCGUCGUUGUUGUUGGAGCUACUCCAAUAAGUCUUUAUAGGGAAAUUUGCAAGUUUCAAGAGUCUCUGCAUGGUGUAACUUGUACAUUGGAGUGCUUACUUCUGCUAGAUGAGGUUGAGGUUCCUGAAGGACUAGUUAAUUUAACUGUUCGUAUUGUGAGGGUGAGCUCAGCUGUGAUGAAAAAACUUUCUGGCUUGCAAUCAACAGAAUCCAUUGAUGCAAUUGCGCUCAUGAGAAUACCUCCCAGUUUUUGUAGUGUAGAUGGCAAUGAAAAAGAAGUAGAUUUUAAAAGAUGGUUUCCAUCUCCACAUCGAAUAUUAGUCCUUGAGGGAAUCCAGGAUCCAGGCAAUCUUGGUACGUUAAUCAGGUCUGCUUUGGCCUUCAAAUGGAAUGGUAUUUUUCUGCUUCCCGGGUGUUGUGAUCCAUUCAACGAGAAGGCACUUCGAGCUUCGCGUGGAGCAUCUUUUCAGCUUCCAAUAGUUUCUGGCACUUGGAAUCAUCUUGAGGUUUUCAAAAAAGAAUUCGAAAUGAAAAUGCUUGCUGGCCAUCCUGAAAGCAACGAACCGAAACCUGUAUCGGUCCUUUCCCAACAGUUUUCAAAUUCUUUAAAAGAUUUUCCAUUGUGUUUGGUUUUGGGUUGUGAAGGGAGUGGUCUGUCUGAGAAAUCCUGGCAGGUUUGUGAGCUUUUGAGCAUUCCAAUGGCGGGCGGUUUUGAGUCUCUCAAUGUCUCAGUUGCAGGAGGAAUUUUCUUGUACAUGCUACAGGCUGAAAUACCAUAAACAUAUUUGUUGUUUUCCUUAUUUGAUUACAUUUCUAGAGUGAUGAAUAGGAAGGACAUUAGUGUUGCUCUUACAAAAAAUUUGGAUUGCAGAAUCUCAGUUGACACCAAAUUUUGUAUAGUCGGCACAUAUGUCAAACAAUCUGCAUAUAUGUUGAAGAGAACCACUCCUGUCAAUUUGGAAAACAUAAAACUAAAAACAAAAGUCAAAAGUGUUAUCAAACGGAAUCAUAUUGUUUCUGUUUUUAA